GGACAAAAGAACAAAAGUAUCCAAAGAUAGUUGCUCCUGUCCGAGAGAGGUCUUUCUGUAGACUGUAGUCAAACUCAAGCCCAUGAGGAAGCGUCCCUGAAAGUGUGAAGACUCCCAUUUUCCUUUGUUUGUUUGGUUUACAAGAAAAUGAAAUUUCCUAGGGUUUCUCUCUUUCUUCAUCUCUUUUCGUGCAAAAUGUGAGAAGUUUUCUGCAACUCCACUGGAAAAUAUAUUUUGUUGAAGGAAUUCAUGGCCUCUGAGGGAACAGUACCUGCUUCGGCAGUCGGAAAACCUAGUGCUGAGGCAAUGUUGGUUCAUAAACUCCCAGAGGAAAUCAAUGAAAUGAAGAUUAGGGACGAGAAGGUGGAAAAGGAAAUGGAAGCUACCGUCGUUGAUGGAAAUGGAACUGAAACAGGCCAUAUCAUUGUAACAACUAUUGGUGGUCGAAAUGGCCAACCCAAACAGACUAUAAGUUACAUGGCAGAACGUGUAGUCGGGCAGGGCUCGUUUGGAAUUGUAUUUCAGGCCAAGUGCCUAGAAAGUGGAGAAACUGUUGCAAUCAAGAAGGUUUUGCAGGAUAAGAGAUAUAAGAACCGUGAGUUGCAGACAAUGCGCCUUCUUGAUCACCCCAAUGUUGUUUCUCUGAAACAUUGUUUUUUUUCAACAACUGAUAAGGAUGAGCUUUAUCUCAAUUUGGUGCUUGAAUACGUUCCUGAGACUGUUUACCGUGUAGCAAAGCACUACAGCAGAGCAAAUCAGCGAAUGCCUCUUAUUUAUGUCAAACUCUAUACCUAUCAGAUUUGUAGGGCUCUGGCAUAUAUUCAUGGAGGUGUGGGAGUGUGCCACAGGGACAUUAAGCCACAAAAUCUUCUGGUUAACCCUCAUACUCAUCAGGUCAAGCUAUGUGAUUUUGGAAGUGCAAAAGUUCUGGUCAAGGGCGAGCCAAACAUAUCAUAUAUUUGCUCUCGUUACUAUCGGGCUCCGGAGCUCAUUUUUGGUGCUACUGAGUACACAACUGCAAUUGACAUAUGGUCUGUGGGUUGCGUCCUCGCCGAAUUGCUUCUAGGGCAGCCACUUUUUCCUGGAGAGAGUGGAGUUGAUCAGCUUGUUGAGAUUAUCAAGGUACUUGGCACCCCAACUCGUGAGGAAAUCAAAUGCAUGAAUCCGAACUAUACAGAGUUUAAAUUCCCACAAAUCAAGGCUCACCCGUGGCACAAAAUAUUUCACAAGCGCAUGCCACCUGAAGCAGUAGAUCUUGUCUCUAGGCUUCUCCAGUACUCACCAAAUUUAAGAUUUACUGCUUUAGAGGCUCUUCUCCACCCAUUUUUUAAUGAACUUCGUGAGCCAAAUGCCCACCUCCCUAAUGGACGGCCCUUGCCUCCACUCUUCAACUUCGAACCUCAAGAGCUGAAAGGAGCAACUUUGGAGAACUUGUCGAAACUGAUACCAGAACAUGCUCGAAAGCAAUGUCCCUUCCUUAGUUUCUAGAUCGCAACACCAGUGUUGAUAGGCAUGGCGAUAAAAGUGUUGUUGUAUUUCAUUUGUGUAGCAUCGCUUCUUGAUGUUAACGACGAUUAAAGUGCCCUUGCUUCAUGUUUGUUAUUUUGGAUUUGCAUAGAACAGUUUGGACUUAUGGAGACUGUUGCGUUUCUUGAUUUACUGUAUGCUUGACACUGUUAAGGCUCCUAAAUCAUGACUUUAAGUGGAUAAUUUAUGUAAUUGUAUUGUGUUUUAAGCCUA